UGGCGAAAAAGGGCCGUGUGUUACUUAGGCUGGGGGACUCAGUGCAGGCCUUUCGGCGCCUGGGUGGGGUUCUGUCUGCGGAGUUGGGGAAUCGAUGGCUCGGGAGAAUGGUGACUGAAUGAGAGAAGGAUCAGGGAGAGAACCGAGGAGACUUUAGCGCAGUCCCCGCAGGGAAACCAUGCCGAAACCCCGGAAGAGGCUCGCCGGGGCUGCUGGGCCUGCUGGGCCAGACAAUAAGGGGCCAGCAGGAAAACGGACCAAGACUAAGAACCCGGUAGGGGCAUCAGCUACAUUGGGUAACUCCAGCCCUGAGAAGACUUCAGCCUCUAAAAACUGUGGGAAGAAUCUAAGCAGUUACUGGCUGAUGAAGUCCGAGCCAGAAAGCCGACUAGAGAAAGGCGUAGAUGUGAAGUUCAGCAUUGAGGAUCUUAAAGCACAGCCCAAGCAGACAGCAUGCUGGGAUGGUGUUCGCAACUAUCAGGCCCGGAACUUCCUGCGAGCCAUGCAGCUGGGGCAAGAAGCGUUCUUCUACCAUAGCAACUGCAAAGAGCCAGGCAUCGCAGGACUUGUGAAGAUUGUGAAGGAGGCUUACCCAGACCACACACAGUUUGAGAAAAACAAUCCCCAUUAUGACCCAUCCAGCAAAGAAGACAACCCCAAAUGGUCCAUGGUGGAUGUACAGUUUGUUCGGAUGAUGAAGCGUUACAUUACCCUGGCUGAGCUCAAAAUCCAUUACCAAGCUCACAAAACCACUGGAGGCCCCUUAAAAAAUAUGGCUCUCUUCACUCGCCAGAGACUCUCAAUUCAGCCCCUGACUCGAGAGGAGUUUGAUUUUAUUUUGAGCCUGGAAGAAAAGGAGCCAAGUUAACUGGGACACUGUUGCUGGAAUGGGCAAGCCAUUACUCCAAAAAAGCCAAGCUUUUAUAAGACAAAAGGUGUGUGGCAGCUUGCGUGUUAUGUUCACCUGGGGUUGUGUACAUUGGUGGUUUUCAUGUACCUUUUCCAAUAAAACAUUAAUAUCAAAUUUGGGAAGUUUUUCUUUUAAAAUGGCAUUGGAAUAGAAUACUCCACUGGAGAUCUUCUGCCACUCGGUAAGAUGCAAGCUUACCUCUACCAUCUUCCUUUACUGUAGCAAAUACCAGGGUGCAGGGUUCAGUCUAUUACCACCUACUGAAACGAACUUUUUGUCUUUCCACACCGGCCAUCCACACCUGCCCCUGAAGUCGUCUGGGCCCCAUAGGGGUGUAAACCAUCAGCAGUUUCAGCACAGGUUGCCAGAUGAGGGUACAACUGGAAUUCCUUUCUCAGCAUGUGCUUGUCUAAAACGGGUGUUAAUAAAACAUCACUGUUCACCAGGGACCACAGCCAUGGUGAAGGCAGGUGUUGUGCUGGAUCAGGGUGGGAGUCUAUCGCCCCUUGGGUGUGAGUGGGACAGUGUAAGACAAGAAACCACAGACCCUGGUGGACCAUGGACACAAUGCCUCCAAGCCACAGGGGCUUCCUUUAAUCAGAGACAACUGAAACAAGUGUUUUUUUGUUUUUUUUUUUUUUUAAAAUACAGCC